UAAUGAUUAAGACAGUCUAUGUGAAUAUACCUUCAUAUAUUGAAGACUCUAAUUAUAGAUAUAAGAUGCCAAAACCUUAACUUAAGAUUGAAGGUAGAGGAAAUGGUAUAAAGACUAACAUUAUGAAUUUGCAUGAGAUAGCAAAAGCUUUAAAUUGUCAUGAUCAAUGUUUUGACAUUUAUUUAACUUAGAUCCUUUGAAAUAUUUAGGUUUCGAGUUUGGUUCUUAAACUUCUUAUAAAUUUAAAAAUGACAACGAUGUGACUUGUAUUAUAAAUGGUGCCUUUUAAGAUGAUUAAAUAAGAAAAUAAUUGGAUAAAUUCAUUGAGAAAUAUAUACUUUGUUAAAAAUGUAGAUAUCCAGAGAUGUAUAUGAAAAUCAAAGGAGGUAAGAUAAUUUAUGGACAAUGUGACUCAUGUGGACAUGUUAGUGAUUUGGAUAACACACAUAGAUUAGCAAGUUAUAUUUUAAAGAAUCCUCCUGGUGGAAAUUAAUCAAUAAAGAAUGGAUAGGAUGAAGUUCAGAUGAUUAAUAGUGAAGGAUAAAGUGGAAAUAAAGAAGAUAAAUAAAAAAAGAAGAAAAUUGUGGCUGCAGAAGUAGGAUUGGACUCUGAAUUGCUAGAAACAUUUUUAAUAUAAAUAAGAGACACUUAUAAUAGAUUGGUUGUUAAUGAAAAAAUAGAUAAUGAUGUUGCUGAUAUGAUGAUAACUCAAGAUAUAAAGAAAUUCAAUUUAGAUAGACAUCUUAAAGAUAGAGUUUGUUAUUUAAUAUUUUAAAGCAUGUUUGAUGAAAAUCCAACAAAAGCUUUUGAAAGAAAUUAUGAAUUGUUAACUACUUAUUUUAAUGAUCUAGAUCCUUAAUUAGCAUAAUGUCAUAUGAUUUUAAAUAUUUAAUACUUGAUGAAGAAACGAAAUAUAGAUGAUAAAUAUUUUGGAACAGUAUUAAAAGGAUUUUAUGAUUACUCUUAUGUUGAGGAAUAAUAUUUAAUUAAAUGGUUUGAGAAUUCUGAAGAAUGGAAAAAUGAAGCACAACAAGAUUUCUUAUAUAAUGAAUAAUUGGACAAUCAUUAUAGAAAAUUGAGUGAACCUAUGAUUAAUUGGAUGAAGUAUAAUAAUUAAUUUUAUCAUAAUUUAGAUCCUAAACAGGAUAAGAAGAAGAGUAUUAUGAAGAAGAAGUUGAAGAUGAACAAGCAGAUUAAUAAUAAUGAA